AUGGAUCAUGCAGGCAUAGCCACGCAAGCUGUGGUUGAACGAGAGCUGCGUAAACAGUCCCAACGAACUGCAUCCGCGCCGGGUACCACACCGGAGGCGAAUCCACGUUUGAUGCUUGGUCGACAUGAAUUUGUGGAAAAGGUGUGGAAAUGGAAAAAUAAACAGUCCACUCUCAUACGACAACAACUCGAUUCAUUGGGUCUCAGUCUAGACUGGAGUCGAGAAUUUUUCACUCUGGAUGAGGUUGAUACUAUUGAGUUGCAUGAGGCCACCCAACUUCCCGUUCCCGGCUAUACGGAACCACAGAUGUUCGGGAUAAUGGACUAUUUUGCUUACCCCCUUUGUAACAGGUUGUUGGAUUUCUCUCCACAAUUUAUUCGGGACACAUUCAUGGGGACUGGAAGCGGUUACGGUCCAGUUUCCUCUUUUCCCAGCCUAGAUUCCGCCAGUCGUGCCAUGGCUCAAGGUCGUAUUAGUUCGCAAGGUUUACCGGGGGCUGACUUGUCUAGCGGCUGGAGUCCAAGAGGAAUUGCACCAACUUCUGGGAGACAUUUGACGAAUCGCGACCCAGGAACUUUCUUGUUGGAACGACAAAGCCGUCUUCGUAUUAAUCGGAGCUACCCCGAUGGAGAUCUGUCUGAAGGCCGAAUGACUCUGAUCACUUUAGCCGGUCGCUCACUUCGUUCAGGAUCAAGACAAGAUAAGGACGAUCAUAUGAGCACUGACUCUCACUCUAAGUCUCCGACAGCACCAAAUCACCUGCCUUUGCUCCAACAGCCGAUAGCUUCUGCCCUGCAGUCCCCGAAGUUCACAAUAUUACCUCCACCCGAUGAAGUAAAUCAUCCCAUCGGUGCCUCGCCGUCAUCUGUUUCGAACAAAUCCUCAUCGUCAUCAUCACCCAAUCCUACUGGUGCAGAUCCACAAUUGUCCUAA